UAACCUCCACUUCCGCUCAAAUCUUGGCGGUGUCGACGAGGCCGAGCGAACAGCUAGAGCCUCCUCCCAUCUGAGAAAUCUAGGGUUGUGGCCAUGGCUUCCACGAAUCCCGUCGCCCCGAAGACUGGCGAUCAUGAAUCCGAAGGAUCGGUGCAGAGCACCGCCGAUAUGACGGCGUUCGUCCAAAACCUUCUCGUGCAGAUGCAGAACAGGUUCCAGGCGAUGUCCGAGGGCAUAGUUGCAAAGAUAGAUGAGAUGGGGAGCAAGAUCGAUGAACUGGAGAAGAGCAUCAUUGACCUCAAAGCUGAGAUGGACGCGGAACCCACGGUGAAGUCGGAUCCGGAAGAAGGCAAGCCUUCUGACGAAUCUUCAUGAGCGAGCCACAUGUUGAUGACAUUGUCUGGAUCAGGUCAACAGUGACAUAUUGCAGUUGUCUUAUUGAGUUAUCUUUUGUGAGUUUGUGUGAGGGAUGCUUUCCUGUGUGUGCAAUCUAAUUUCAGGUGUUUUCGAGAUGAACUCCAUUCAGAAGUAGAGAAAAACUUGUUAAUCAAUAUUUCUAUUAGUCUACUGGUUGAUGUAACCUUUAAGAA